ACCAGGACUACACCAGGACUACACCAGGACUACACCAGGUCUGAACCAGGACUAAACCAGGACUACACCAGGACUACACCAGGUCUGAACCAGAUUCCUGUUUUUGUCAUUUGGACUUUUACAUUCCAAAGGUCUAAACCAGGAGCAGGACCAAACCAGGACCAAACCGGGAUUAAACCAGGACCAAACCGGGAUUAAACCAGGACCAAACCGGGAUUAAACCAGGACCAAACCGGGAUUAAACCAGGACCAAACCGGGAUUAAACCAGCCUUUACAGUUGGACUGUUUCAGAGUCUAAAAAAAACAUUCAAAAUGUCCCAUACCAACCAGAACCAAGACCUGAACCAAGCCCUGAACCAAGACCUGAACCAAAAUGAAACCAAGCCGGGUUUGAAUCAGGAUCAAAACGAGACCAAAUUAAGUGUGAACCAGCAGCAAAACAAAGAUCUCAACAAGAACCAAAAGAACCAAAGGCCCAAACCAGCUCGAGCUAAAACCCAGGAGAAAAUCCAGACCAGAGUCCCACCCGGGGUCCAGACGGGAGCCCAGACCAGAGACCAGACCAGGGACCAGACCAGGGACCAGACCCAUCAGAACCAGGUCCAGGAUAGAUCACAGGAGACUUUCUGCAGUUUUAUCUACAACCCCAGAACCGGAGCCGUGCUGGGCCGGACCAAGUCCUCCUGGGGGAGGAUCCUGCUCUUCUACCUGGUCUUCUACUCGCUGCUGUCGGCCAUGUUCUGCUUCACUCUGUGGAUGGUUCUCCUCACACUGGACCCAGACACACCCAAAUACAGCCACCUGCUCCAGAACCCAGGUCUGGUGGUCCGGCCUCAGGUCUUGGAGAUUUCUUUUAACAGAAGUGAGCCUUCGGAAUACAGUGCGUAUGUGGAGCAACUGCACCGAUUUCUGCACAAAUACAACGACAGCGUCCAGGCAGCGAACGAUCUGUGUCUGGCCGGAGAGUUCACCCUCCAGGACCGGGACCAGGACCGGGAUCAGGACCGGGACCAGGACCGGGACCAGGACCAGGACCAGGGUCCAAACCCGGCCCAGAGGAGAGUGUGUCAGUUCAGACGCAGCGUGCUCCGGUCCUGCUCUGGACUCACAGAUCCACAUUUUGGAUUCAAGGACGGCCGGCCGUGUGUGAUCCUCAGUCUGAACCGGGUCGUGGGGCUGAAACCUUCUGGAGAUCCCUACAUUAACUGCACAUCAAAGGUACCUACUCCGUUAAAGCUUCAGUAUUUUCCUUCUGACGCUCGUUUGGAUCGGAUGUUCUUUCCGUUCUACGGGAAAAGAACCCACUCUCAGUACGUUCAGCCGCUGGUCGCCGUGAAGCUCCUCCCCUCUCGCCGCGAUGUGGGCGUGUCUCUGUCCAUCACCUGUCGGGUCGAAGGCAGCAGCAUCCAGAACCAGAACUUUAGAGACCGGAACCAGGGACGGGUCUCCUUCAAAGUCCGGAUCACUCAGUAGAGCCUGGACUAAACCUGGACUGAACCUGAAAUAAACUUGGACUAAACCCGGACUAAACCUGGACUAAACCUGAACCAAACCGGGACUAAACUUGGACUGAACCUGUACUACACCUGGUCUAAACCUGGACUAAACCUGAACUAAACCUGGACUAAACCGGGACUAAACUUGGACUGAACCUGUACUACACCUGGACUAAACCUGGACUAAACCUGAACUAAACCUGGACUAAACCUGAACUAAACCUGGACUAAACCUGAACUAAAGGACUAAAGUGUAAAGAUUUGGUUCUUUUCAAUAAACAUGUCCAGUGUCCAGUGUUGCACAUAAAGAAUCGUACACGAUUCUUUACAUGAUUCGGGUCGUGGUCCGACCUGGAGGUGAACUUGGUCGGGGAAGGUCCCAACUUCCUCGUCUCUGAUUGGCCACGAAAACGUCGUCUCAGGUUCAGGCCGCGAGAACAGAACUAAAAUAAAAUCAGUUUAUUCUAGUCAGUGUGAAGAUCCAGGGCUGUGUCUUUACAUCUCCCUAGCCCCGAGUGUGUAAGGGCCAAGUGUGUGUGAGGGCAAGUGUGUGAGGGCCCGGUGUGUAAGGGCCCAGUGUGUGUGAGGGCAGAGUGUGUGAGGGCCGAGUGUGUGAGGACCGAGGGUGUGAGGGUAGAGUGUGUAAGGGCCAUGUGUGUGGGCAGAGUGUGUGAGGGCCGUGUGAUAGGGCCGAGUGUGUAAGGGCCGUGUGAGUGAGGACCGAGUGUGUGAGGGUAGAGUGUGUAAGGGCCGUGUGUGUGUGGGCAGAGUGUGUAAGGGCAGAGUGUGUGUGAGGACUGAGUGUGUAAGGGCCGUGUGUGUAAAAGCCGUGUGUGUGAGGGCAGAGAGUGUGAGGCCGUGUGUGUAAGGGUAGUGUGUAAAAGCCGUGUGUGAGUGUAGUGUGUAAAAGCGUGUGUAAGGGUAGUGUGUAAAAGCCAUGUGUAAGGGUAGUGUGUAAAAGCGUGUGUGUAAGGGUCGUGUGUAAAAGCCGUGUGUGUAAGGGUAGUGUGUAAAAGCCAUGUGUAAGGGUAGUGUGU